AUACUUGCUUUACCUUGAGUGAAAUCGUCGCAUGUUUUAUGAAAAAAGGAGUCUGCUAUCUGUCUCGAGCAUGGCAUUUUUGUCCUGUACAGCAUGUCUGAACUCCUUAAAAGAAAUGAAGACGGGAUCUCAACUUUGUUUUACCUACAAAAGAUAUAUCCAGAUGAGGGGAGAAACUUUCUUACUCGGAUUGGCCGUGAUGAAAACACAUCAGAGUCAGAUCUUAGUAAUAAUGCCAAUGAUAUUCUUGAAUUGCGUUUUUGGGCUUCAUACAGAGGGCAAACAUUGGCUAGGACUGUGCGUGGAAUGAUGUACUACCGAAAAGCUCUCAUGCUUCAAGCGUAUUUGGAAAGGGUGGCAGCUCAAGAUUCUGAGGCUGCAAUUUCACAGAGCAAAGCAACUGAUACCCAAGGUUUUGAGUUGUCUCCUGAAGCAAGAGCUCAAGUAGAUCUCAAAUUUACCUAUGUAGUUACCUGCCAAAUAUAUGGGAAACAGAAAGAGAAUCAAAAGCCUGAGGCUGCAGAUAUUGCAUUACUAAUGCAAAGAAAUGAAGCACUCCGAGUUGCUUUCAUUGAUGAGGUUGAGACAUUGAUUGAAGGAAAAGUGCACAAAGAAUACUUCUCGAAACUUGUGAGGGCUGACAUCAAUUGGAAAGAUAAGGAAAUAUAUUCUGUGAAAUUGCCUGGAAAUCCAAAGCUUGGUGAAGGGAAACCUGAAAAUCAAAAUCAUGCUAGAUUGAUUUUUUUUCUUUAAAAUAAGGUGUAUCUAUUAAACUAGGGGUUCAAAUUGCCGCAUCCUUACUAUUAUUAGAUGUCACUUACAAGUAUUGCUAUUUCUUGUUUUGGUCGUCUAUAUACUUGAACAUGUAAAUAGUUAUUUGCCUCAUGUGUCUAAUGGCUCGCUAUGAUUUGUUUAUGUAGUUAACAGUGCUCAGUGCCUACAGUUUUCUCUAUGGGAGAGCCUAUUUGGCAUUAUCUGGGGUUGGUGAAACGAUUCAAGAAAGAGCAGAUAUAUUUGAUAAUACUGCACUAAAUGCUGCUCUCAAUG